GCAGGGCAGGUCGUGCAGCUAUGCAGAAAGGCGGCUGAGCGACCGGGCGGCUCGGGUGCACAGCGGCUCGGUUUCCGGGCGGCUCGGCGGCUGGGCGGCUCGGGCGUAGGGCGGCUCGGCUCCCGGGCGGCUCGGCGGCUGGGCGGCUCGGGUGCAGGGCGGCUCGGCUCCCGGGCGGCUCGGCGGCAGGGCGGCUCGGGUCCUGGGCGGCUCGGCGUUGGGCGGCUCGGCUCCCGGGCGGUUCGGCUGCUGGGGCGGCUCGGCCGGGAGAUGCAGGGGCGGGGCCGUCAGGUGCAGCGGCGGGUCGACCGGUGCAGUGGCGGGCCGGCAGGUGCAGCGGCGGGCCGGCAGGUGCAGCGGCGGGCCGGCAGGUGUAGCGGCGGGCCGGCAGGUGCAGGCGGCGGGCCGUACGGUGCAGCGGCGGGCCGUAGGGUGCAGCGGCGGGCCGUAGGGUGCAGCGGCGGGCCGGCAGGUGCAGCGGCGAGGCCGUCAGAGGCGGCGGGCCGCUGGGUGCAGCGGCGGGCCGGCAGGUGCAGUGGCGGGCCGGCAGGAGCAGCGGCGGGCCGUCAGGUGAGGCGGCGGGCCGGCAGGAUGCAGCGGCGGGCCGUAGGGUGCAGCGGCGGGGCCGUCAGAGGCGGCGGCGGGGCCGCGGCAGUAGAGGCGGGGCCGCGUCAGGGGAGGCGGCGGGGCCGCGUCAGGGGAGGCGGCGGGGCUGCGUCAGGGGAGGCGGCGGGGCCGCGUCAGGGGAGGCGGCGGGGCCGCGUCAGGGGAGGCGGCGGGGCCGCGUCAGGGGAGGCGGCUGGGCCGCGUCAAGCAGGCGGCGGGGCCGCGAUCAGGAGAGGUGGCGGGGCUGCGUCUGAGGGACAGCGGGGCCGCGAGGGAAAAGGCGACCCGAGGGGUCGCUAA